GUCAUGCACUGCAUUCAAAAAUGACUGAAACGUGUUCUGGUUUGUGUCGUCGAGCAGCGGCGGCCUAAACUGUUUUAUAAAGUUAAAAUUAGCGUGUUUCUGUCUUUUUGAGCUGCAUAUAGACGCUCUAAUGGAUUUCUGCAGGAGCGAGAAAAAGCACUGCAAUGCCGCUUAUGGAGAUCCUGGAGCUCACAGGGCCUUUGGGCUGUUCACAGGAGCCAAACCGCAAAACGUUUUGAAACACAUCACAGAUGGUUCGGGCACAGCCUGCUCUCCGCUGGUUAGCAGAAUGCUGUUUGCUCCAGAGCAGCAGGAUCCUCUGGCUGCCAUGCCCAGCGUUGAUGAGCUCAAUCUGGGCCUGCUGUCUCUGAGCUUCCCCUGCUGGAACCAGCAGCCCUGGAGCCGCCCAGAGUCCCAGCGGCCGACCCAACCCUGCUCCCAAACGCCCGCGUUGGAUCUCUUGGGUGCUUCAGAAGGCGGUGAUUCGGGUCAGCUGCAUGCUUUCCAGGCCCACGAGUCUGCAUCUGGAAAUCCACUGGAGCACUUCUCAAGCCUGAUGGCGGCGCUCGAACCUCAUUCUCUGCUGCACUCGGGAUCCAGCAGCCCUGUCAACUCUGAGAACAGCGCGAUCUCGUCAGGAUCCGACCACCUGGUCUCUCUCAGAGUUUCUCCUCCGUUGCCCCUGAUGCUUCCCGGACUGCAGGCGGAGGGUGUGAAACUGGACACAGAUGCCUGUUUGGAGCAGAACCCCCUAAACACCUUCACGAAUGCUUCCAGUGCUCGGGCCGAGGGGUCAGUGGUUGGGUGCUGGUCCACAAGUCCUGUCUGGUCCGGCUGGGACACUUUGGGCUUGAACAAACCCACGUUCUGCAUCGAGAGAGAGGCGAAACUGCAUAAACAAGCUGCAGCCGUAAAUGAAGCCACUUACACCUGGGAAGGACGGCUUCCUCCACGCCACUACAAAAACCCUGUUUACUCCUGUAAAGUGUUUCUGGGAGGAGUGCCAUGGGACAUCACAGAGGCGAGUCUGUUGAACACAUUUAGUGUUUUUGGUCCAUUGAAAGUUGAGUGGCCUGGUAAAGAUGGUAAACAUCCACGCUGUCCUCCGCAAGGUUAUGUGUAUCUGCUGUUUGACUGGGAGAAGUCAGUGAAGACGCUCCUGCAGGCCUGUGCUCAGCACCGCCUGCAGUCUGACGAUUAUCUCGAGUUCUACGUCAAACUGUCCAGCAGGCGGAUCCACAGCAAAGAUGUGCAGGUCAUCCCAUGGGUGAUCUCAGACAGCAAUUUCAUCCGCUGUCCAUCCCAGCGUCUCUGCCGCAGUAAGACGGUGUUUGUGGGUGCUCUGCAUGGGAUGCUAAACGCAGAGGGUCUGGCCCACAUCAUGGACGAGCUCUUCGGAGGGGUCAUGUACGCAGGCAUCGACACAGACAAGCACAAAUAUCCCAUAGCAUUCUCUGGAUGUGUUGAGCAGCCAUCAACCUCUCAUGCGCAACCAGAAGGGCCUGAACCCCAAAUAAACCCACCGCUGCCGGCGUGGGGAAGAGUCCGGACUGAGUUCACUGUUUUGGGGAAGGAUGUUAGUGUGAGUCAAGAGCGACUCACUUGA